UCCAUUCAAAAUCAAAUUUAACGUAAACUUAAAAGUUUUGUUUAUGUAUAGAGGUAAACUUCAAAUUAUUAUUUUAUUUAACGUUGUAAUGAUAUAAAAAUGGCUUAUUUCACCUUCCAAAUACCGACGAAAAAAGAGGAACUUCUUACAGAAGUCAAUCAUUUCUGUGUGAAAAAUAUUGUUCAACAAAGAAACUUUUUAGAGUCUUUAAAAGCUGCAAAGGAAUCGCUCAGAGAAGAAGGUGCAGAAUUUAUUAUAGAUAAUUUUGAUCUUUUCUAUUCUGUAAUUCAUCAUGGAAAAUCUCUUCCUAUGGAUCUUGCUUUUAAAGCAUACCAGGAUCUUCACAAAGGCGUUUCUGAACUGGAUAAAGCCAUAGGAUUUCUUCUUGAAGACAAAUCAAACAUUAAUGGUGAACUUCUACUGAAAUAUCAAAACAUUAUGAAAAUGUUAAUAUACAUUUAUACAGAGACAGCUUUAUUCAUUGAAAACACAAAUUUAACUAACUUGAAGAAUGAGAAUUUGUUAAAAAAACGUAAAGUUGCAGAUCAGUCUCUCUUUAACAUUGAUAAGAAUAAAAUGUUACUUGUGUUGAAUGAUUUAAUUCAAAGAGAAAUAGGCUUGUUUUGGGAGCCACCAAUAGUAGAACAAAAUUUUCUUAGCCUUAUAGCUGAAGUGUGUUACGGAUUUUUGGCAAAUCCUUGUGUAAAAAAUGAUAAAUCAGUCCGGGAAAAUAUUUUUAAUAUCAUUGGUACUUUAAUAAAGUCAUAUAACUACGGUACUGUGUUUACAAUUCGAGCAAUACAGAUGAUUAAGACUGAAGAGCACUUGGUGCUUUGUUUUAACGAUGGUGUUAAACAACUAGUUGAAAAAUUUAAUUGUAAAGGCUUGAUCCAUUCUCUUGUUAAAGAAUGUACAGAAUGGCAGACUGAUGAGAAAUUCCAUGACAGUCACGGUUCAAGAUACUGUGCUCAAUUUUUAACCGCAAUGGCUGUACAAAUACCCAGCCUUAUGUUACCUGAAGUGCUCUAUAUCAAUAAGUAUUUAGACCAUGAUUCCUACACCUUGCGUAAUGCUGUCAUAAAUGUUAUUGCUGAAGUAAUAAUAAAUGUAUUAACAAAACAUACCCUUACCGAAGAAGAGACAGAGUUUAGAAAUGAUUUUCUGACUAUUCUUAUGGAUCAUAUAGAUGAUAUUUCUGCUCACGUAAGAUCAAAAGUAAUUCAGCACUGGUCAAGAUUACAGAAAGAAAAUGCAAUACCAAGAAAACUAGUAAAUGAUGUUAUUGAAAAAAUAAUCAAUCAUUUAGAGGACAAGUCGGCUUUAGUAAGGAAAAGUGCUGCUAAUGCUAUCACUACCUUUGUUGCUACUAACAUAUAUAGUUCUGAUUUGUCUCUGGAAAAAAUGCAAGCAGGAUUGGACGAGCACGUGAAAAUGCUGGAAGCUAUGAAAACUCAGUUCCGCAUACCUCACUUAGAUGAUUUGGAAGCUGAGUGGGAUUCAAUGGCUUUAGAUUUGAAGAAAGCUAUUGAAGAAGAACUGAAGAACGAGGAUGAAGAAAGCGAUGAAGAAGAAGAGGAAAAUGAAAAAAAUAAUCAAGAAAUAGCCGAAAUUAUAAGAAAACAUUUAAAUGAGAAGAAAUACAAAGAAGCUUUUAAUUUGGCUAGGUCAUCUGGAAUUGUCAAUGAAGAAUUUGAGAAAUUCAGGAAAGAAAACAAAGCUGACGAGGCAGACUUGUACAUGCUCCUAAUGAAAACUUUAUUUGUAAACCCUUUAAAACUACUGGAAGACUUAAAGCAAGGAGUUUACUCUGGAACAGUGCAAGCCACCGAAGAAGACGUCAAAAAGUUGGAAAGUUUGCAGGAAACAAUCGAUUAUUUUACGAAUGCCAUAGCGUUUUUAAAGUUGCUGGAUGACGCUCUUAAAAUUAUGGUGGAGUUGCUCGAAACUACAUUUAUAAGCGAUAUGCACGAGGCGGUUGAAUUUUUUACAACGGCUUUUCAGUUUAAUAUGGCCAAUGUUGAUAUAGGAAUUAUGGCUAUGUUAAAAAUGAUGAAGAGGAACGAGCAAGACAGAAAAGAUGUCAUCGUUCAAGCCUUCAAGACAAUUUAUUUGGAAACUGACGGCAAUGAUAUGAGGGAACAUUGCAGUACUGUGGUACAAAGAUUGAUUAGAUUCUUAAAAGAUACACCGAGCAAGAAUUUUGACGAUUUAGAACUUAUUAUUAAAGAAUGGGUUAAGAAAGGUAUUUUAGAUAAUAGCAUAAUAGACAUGUUGUGGCAGUAUUUUACUCAGAAAUGUUCUAUAUCGGAUGAAGAGUCGCACGCUAGCGUUGAAAUACUGAGAAUGGCGAGUUUAGGCAGAGCAACGAUCAUUACCAAAAAUAUAAAGCUUGUAGCCAAUAUAGGUUUCGGCGAAAGAGGUUCAAAAAAUAUGGCGUUUUUGGGUAGCUGUUGCGAACUACUUGCUGUGGCGGGCAGAAAUCGUAUCGAUAUCAACUCUAAAGACCCACCGCUGAAAAUCAACAUUAAAGACGAGAUUUUCAAGAACCUGCUCGAUAUCCUCGUACAGAACUUUUUUCAACCUGUAGAAUUCUAUUAUAAAGCUCUAUCCGGAGCUAUUUCUUUUGUGUACAGGGUGUGUGGUAAACCUGAUAAAUUUUGUGAUGAUCUCAUAGGCGCAGUGUUGGUGGGAUUGAAAAAGUUGAAGGAAAAAAGUACACCUUUUCAAGUUCCCAGAUACGUAUAUAUAAGAUUGUGCCAAUUGUUGGGUCUGGUAGCUGUAAAACAGUUGGACUAUCUCGACGACACUGUAUACAGGGAGUUGAAACGGCGAAAACAAGUCAAGGAUGACAAAAACGAGACGUCGAAGAAAAAUAAGUCUGUCAAUGCUUCAGCGUCUACAGCUUGCAACAAUACUACAGCGGUUGAAGAUAGUGAAUUAGAGGGCGCCCAAGUCGAAGAUAGCGAGGCGGAGUUUAUACUUUCGGUUUUGGAAAAAGAAACCGUAUGUGGUACUGGAGUAUUAGGUAAAUUAGGGCAUUUUAUAAGAGGUGUUUGUCAAAGGCCUGAUGUUUACCAAGACGCUAUGCUUCAAGGAGCAGCUGUCAUAGCCUUGAUAAGGUAUAUGCUGGUUUCAAGCCAGUUCUGUCAGAACAACGUCCAGCUCUUAUUCACCAUACUAGAAAGAACAACCUACAUAGAUGUGAAGGAAUCUAUCUUGAUUCACCUGUCAGAUUUGUUGACCAGAUUUCCCAAUAUUAUCGAGCCAUGGACUCCCCACAUUUAUAGAAGAUUGAAAGACCCAUCCAUAAAUAUUCGCAAAGCUACAUUUUUCACCCUAUCUGGCCUGAUUCUUCGCGAUAUGAUCCGGGCAAAUUCCUACAUAUCUCAGAUGGUAGGCUGUCUUGUGGAUGAGGACACCGAAUUGAGUUCGAUGUGUCGAACGUUCUUCGUUACUCUGGCACAAAAGGAGAACAACCUGUAUACUAUGCUACCUGAUAUAUUUUCGCAUUUAGUCAACUUGAAGGAGAUCAAAGAUGAAGAUGUUAAAGAGAUCAUGAAAUUUCUCUUCAAUCAAAUCAGUAAAACUAAACAAAUGGAGAAUUUGGUGGACCGAUUUUGCGCUAAAUUUGCCAUCACUGAAGAAGCGCAAACCCAUAGAAAUAUCGCAUUUUGCCUGACCCUGAUCGUUUAUAACGAUAAGGCGCUGAGGAAACUCAUAGACAAUUUCAGUUCCUACAAGCAUUUGGUGCACGACUCUGAGAUCUACGCCAGUUUCAAGGCCAUCAUGCAAUCCUGCAACAAACAACAAGUUGGCAAGACUGAUUUAAAGCCAUUGGUGACUGAACUUGAACAGAACAUAAGUUCCGUGUUCGAGCUGGAUGCGGACGGGAACGGAAUGAAACCUCCCCAGCCUCCUAAAAGCACCAAAAAAACUAAAAGGGGGCGACGGAAAAGGAAACAGUCUUACGAUGAUGCCGACGAGGAAGGCGAUUUUGCAGAACAAGACGAUAUUAUCUCUACGCCAGUCAGAAGGACUCCUAGAUCUAAGAAAUGAAAAAAAAAAGCCUACCCAAAUUAAUAUGUAUAGAAAUAUAUUCCUUUUAUUUUUGUUGGUUUAAUGUUACAAAACAUUUGGUCCCUUAAAUUAUCUCUUGUAAUAGUUUUUGUGUCAGAGAAUAUUUGUUUUUGUUCAAUGACAGAGAAAAACGUUCUACCCUUGAAUUAAAUUGGCGGACUAUCACUGCCAUGUAUUCUUUCGCUCUUCAUAUUUAUUGUAUUAAUUUAGAUUUGCGGGGCCAUAUGAAUUCUUUCGUAAUACAUUUAUUUCUGUAUUAUUUUAAAAUAAAAGAUACAUUUUUUCUUUA